GAGUGAUUUGACCAGACCAUGUCGACUACCAUCACCCACGUCGAUCCAACGAAAUUUAGGUGCCUUUGUGGAAUGUGCCAUGUUGUGACUGGCACGCAAAUAUGUUUGGUCUGGUAUGUUGUGUCCUCAGUGUUUUCCUUGAUUUUCGGAAUGCGCUCGACUCUCACAUGGCUCAUCGUUCCAAUCUGCGUUGUGGUGCUCGGAGUUUAUGCCAUAGUCAGCAAAAGGCACAAGUACCUUUACCCAUUCCUAAUUAUUACGAUCGUACAACAACUGGUGUGUAUGCUAAUGGCAACAAUUGUUCUGCUCUUCUCUCUCGUUUCAUUUGACACAAUGCGACAAAUUAUAGGACAUUCGCUCGAUAUGGAAGCCCCACCAUCAAGAAAUGUUGCCCUUGCAAUAAUUGGAGGAACUGUGGCCGUGUGUUUAGUACUGUCAUUCGUUCACGUCUGGCAAGCUGUUAUCAUAUACAGAUGUCUCGAGUACUACGAAGCCGAGUACGCCAAUCUAGACGAGUGCUGGUCCCAUGAGCACGCUAACCCAACCCUCAUCGAGUCACGCUUCGACAUCACUGACAGCUGCCAUAGUAGACCCUUUGAAGUGCAAGUGCACUGAAGCGAGUCCGACUGCUUCCAGCUGGAAAGAAGAGGAUAUGGUCAGGAUAUGGGUAACAGAAAGCGGGUCGCUCGUGCCGAAACUGAUUUUAUGGUUGUAGAUGUCCGAAUAUACAGUCCAUUGUGCUUUUGCAAUAAACGUUCUUUGUUAAUUUCUUGCUUACGUCAUUGCUCACGAAUUGUCUCUUCUAGUCCUCGAGCGGCUGUAAAAGUUUCGCCCCUGUGAUAAUGGGGUUAUUUCCAGCUUUUCUCUUCAAUCAACUGCAAUUUUUCCUUUCCGUUUUCAUAAUUUAAAGUCUAUUGCUGCAUCUGUAGACGCAGUGACAUAUUGCAUCCUGAGUUGAAAUUUGUUUCAAAAUUUAUUCGUGUCUUGUUUCAAAAUAAAGUUAUUCGCGAGUCAUUGAUGUAGC